GGAAAAAAGAAGAAAGAAAACAGAGAGAGAGAGAAAAUUCAGGGCGAUCCCUUCGCACAGCCGUGUGUCACUGGGCGCCUCCGUCUGUGGCCAAUCUCACGAGAAACCAGAGACCAAGCAAAGGCAAAAUAGCGACUCCCUGCCUCUCUUCUCCCUCUCUUGGCUUCCUCCACAAUUUCGCUUUUCUGCCUUUUCCCUCCUGUCCACCUCUUUCUUUCAUGUGAAUCAACCCAUUUCCUUUGCUUUCCUUUCUUCUCUCCCGUCCAAGUUAGCUGAACCCACUUGCUCUGUUCCCCCAAUUCCAACGCAAAUCCUGGAAAAGUUUUGAACUUUGGGAGGAAAAGAGAACACGCUUCAGCUAGACCCCCCCUUUUUUUUCCUUUCUUCCUCGAGGUUGUGGAAUGGAGAAGAAGAAGUAUCCAAUUAAGCCGGAGCAUUAUGAAUUGUUCGAGGAGAUCGGACAGGGUGUGAGUGCCACCGUUCAUAGGGCUCGAUGUGUCCCUUACGAUGAAAUCGUCGCCAUCAAGAUUCUCGAUUUCGAGCGGGACAACGUUGAUUUGGUGAAUAUUUCCAGGGAGGUACAGACAAUGAUACUAGUGGACCACAAUAAUGUCCUGAAAUCACAUUGCUCUUUUGUGAGCGACCAUAAUCUAUGGGUGGUGAUGCCAUACAUGGCAGGAGGUUCCUGUCUUCAUAUAUUGAAGGCAGCUUUCCCUGAUGGUUUCGAGGAAGUAGUCAUAGCCACCAUACUGCGGGAGGUGUUGAAGGGUUUGGAAUAUCUUCAUCAUCAUGGUCACAUUCAUCGAGAUGUUAAAGCUGGCAACGUUCUCAUUGAUGGACGUGGUGCGGUAAAACUAGGAGACUUUGGUGUUUCUGCUUCCCUUUUUGACUCAGGUGAUAGACAACGUAUGAGGAAUACAUUUGUUGGAACUCCAUGCUGGAUGGCACCUGAAGUCAUGGAACAAUUACAUGGAUAUGACUUCAAGGCUGAUAUUUGGUCUUUUGGGAUUACUGGUCUAGAACUUGCCCAUGGGCAUGCUCCUUUCUCUAAAUAUCCUCCAAUGAAGGUGUUGCUCAUGACUCUCCAAAACGCGCCCCCAGGUCUCGACUAUGAAAGAGAUAAGAAAUUCUCUAAAUCCUUCAAGCAGAUGAUUGCUAGUUGCUUAGUGAAAGAUCCCUCGAAACGGCCUUCUGCAAAGAAAUUGUUAAAACAUUCAUUUUUCAAGCAAGCCAGGUCUAGUGACUAUCUAUCACGGACACUUUUAGAGGGAUUGCCUAAUCUUGGUGAUCGUAUUAAGGCAUUGAAGAGGAAGGAAGAGGAUAUGCUUGCACAAAAGAAAAUGCCCGAUGGGCAGAUGGAGGAAAUAUCACAGAAUGAAUACAAACGAGGAAUUAGUGGUUGGAACUUCAACCUUGAAGACGUGAAAGCUCAGGCUUCUCUGAUCCCAGACGAUGAUAUAGUUGCUGAUAAUUGUCAAAGUGGAAGCUCAAGUUCUCUGUCAGCACUUGAUGGGCAUGAUAAACAAUAUGAAUCGCAGGCCUCAUCUGUCAAGCCAGCUAUCGAAUUGGUACUAGAUGAAAAUGAUAUGGUGCGAAAUCGACCUGUUCCUCUUCAAACAGUAAAAUCGUUUGUUAACUUUACAAAAAUCAGUGGUGAGAAGUCUGAUGAUGAGUACAACCUUCCAAGUCCAUCUGGCUCUGUUUCACAGCUCUGUUCGCCUCGUUUUGUUGACAACAAUGCUCCUGAAAGACCCACUUUUGAAAUAAAUACAAAAAUUCCUGAGAGCAUGCCUAUUUAUUCUCAAAGCAAAUUGAUAGGGCCUGGUAGCCUCAGCUUCAAUUUUUGUGAUCCUGUUGGUCCGCAAAGCAAAGGGGACAGUGAUAAAUUGGUCACCCAACUCCCAAGAAAUCCAUCAUACAACGGCUCAACAGUGGCGUUCGAUGGUGAAACCAAAUUACCUGGCAGUAGUGAGGAAACAGAUGACAAAACAAAGCCACCUGUUGUUCAACAAAGAGGACGUUUCAAAGUUACCUCAGAGAAUGUUGAUAUAGAAAAGGUACCACCAUCCCCAUUGUUGCAGAAAAGCCACAGCAUGCAGGUAAGGGGUUCAACAGAUGAAACUAGCCUAUCUGUGAAAACAAGGGUGAUCACUCCUAUUCCUGGGAUGCUUCUUUCGCCAACACCAGAAGGCAUAUCCUCAAGUCUUUCGGUUUACUCUGUAUAUCCACUCGUACAGUCUGUUCUUCAGGCAAACAUUAUUCAAAGAGUACGUUUCGUAGCAAGUGUUGUUUCCAUUUGUAAACCGAAUUCUUCUCAUCACAUGUUUCCUCCCCCCCACCCCCUGCAACAGGACACCAUCCUUGGUAUAAUGAAGCAGUUGUCCAACUGUGAAACUACAGCCCUUCGUGGCCUUGAAGGAGGAUCUGCUCAACAACUUGCUUCCAUGGAGAAAUCUUUGAUGGAAACAAUGCAUGAGAGGGAGAAAGAGUUGGUUCUUGAAGUAACAGAUCUAAGAUGGAGGCUGAUAUGUGCCCAGGAAGAACUCCAGAAGUACAAAACAGAAAAUGCCCAGAUCUCAAGUAGCAGCAGAGUGGAAGUAGAACAAGUGCCACAGGUACGGCAUCAUAUCAAUGGAAUCAAAGAAGAAGUUGUUAUUAGUCAUAAGAGAACAGGAGAUAACGCUAUCACUAACGCUGCUGCUGCCACCGCAGCAGCAAAGAAGCCUAAUAUAUUGAGUAGGGUUGUGAGUAUGAAGUAGACGGGAUUUUGUUUUGAUCGCCAUACCCAAAUUUUAUUUCUUUGGGUAGAGAUCUUCUGACAAAAAUAGUUGUGAGAUAGAUUGGUAUUUUUCGUUUCUAAGAUCCCAAUCAUUCUUUCUGUUUCUCCUUUUGGAAGAUGUAAAUAUGAAUUUGACAGAAAUGAGCGAUGGGUUUUGCAGUCCACGCCUUAUUUUUGUACUAGUG